GGUGAUCAUUGGGAACAUACUUUUCCUGUUGCUGCCAAACAAGGAGAUGUUAUUAACUACUGGGUAUGGGGAGAAAAUAACUCACAGGGAGAAACAUUAGUAGGACAAACAAUUACCCUUGGUCCAAUGGUAGGACAGACAAAAACAACGACAACCGUCGAGUCAACGAAAACUGUACUAACAACAACAGCGGGUUCAUCAGCGACAUCGGUUCCUUCAAGAACAUCGGUUCCUUCAGCGACAACGGUUCUUUCAACGACAACAAAAAAAUCUUUUAUCACAGCAAACAGUUCACCUUUUCAACAUAUCUCUUACAACAGUACCAACACAAUCUGUCAGGAUAAUGAUGUGGUUAAUUGUAAAGAUCUACAUGUCUGUUAUAUUCAUCAUUUGGCAGACUUUUGUCCUUUGACGUGUGGUCUCUGUUCACCUCCAAUUUGUGAGGAUAGUACAGCAGUACACUGUGAAUAUCAUACUGUGUGUUCACAUUCAAUUCUGAAAACAUUUUGCCCACUUACCUGUGGUCAAUGUGGUAAGGCAAUUUGA